UCACCUGUGAAUGAAGUGCAUCCAUGUCUGCAAGUUUACAUGGGACUUGGAAAAUAUGGAACCACUGCGGAUGCUCCUGCUGAUGGCUUUCUUAUGGCAAGAGUCACGACAUAACCUGAGAACAAAAUGUAAGUUUCUGAUAUAAUGGAUAAUUUGACGUAGGCCUAACAGCUACUGUAUGCAAUUUCAUCAUAAUACAAGGUGGGGCCAGGGUUAGGCCUUUUUUUUUAUCCAUAGUCAGUUCUAGACCAACUAGGAGAGUUUUUAAUUGAACUACAGUCUGCUUCAAUUGAAAUGAUACGAUUAAACUGGCUAAGACAAUAAUUUAGCUAGGCUACAGUAGGCUAAUAGUAAUAAGUCAGUUAUCUAACAAAAAUGUUUUAUUGCAAAUGUAAAAGGCCAAAUAAGAGGGACAAUCCUUACCAGAGUAGGUAAGGCUCCUUCUCUCCAUAAGACUUCUUGUAUUUCAUGAUGUGAUGACAACAUGGACAUCUUAUUGAUCUUUUCAAGAGCCCUAAUUUCAUAAGAUAUCUCACAAACUUAUUCCUUAUCCUAAAUGAUGGUUUGCGAAACAUUUCUCCAAUAAAUGUAUCCAUUUUCUUCCAGCAACGUGGGACGGAGCUGUAGCCUACAGGAAACGAAGAAAACGCGGCAAAGGAAGUUCAUGCAAGGAUCAACCAAUGAGCCAAAACGCAAAGCCAAACAAAACAACAUAACUCCCAAGAGAGGAAGUCCUGACCCACUUGAAGAGCAGGCUGUGAGUCAAGAUGUGGGGAUGUCACCUGUUCCAAGUUCAAGUAGCUUAACGUCUGAUGCAGGCUUGGCAUACCGCAUGGAAUUUCUAAAGGAGAAAUUGGAAUGGCAAGAGAAGAGGAUUUCAGAACUUGAAAAGGAGCGGGACUUUUUGCGGCAGCAACUUUCAGGCCAAAGACAUGAGACAGGCUCUAAGAAGCAUCCAACAAAGGCUGCUGAAACUCUACCUGAUGACGAAGAUGACUCACCCUUCAUCAGUUCUAUCCGAUCUCCACAGAAGGUCAUUGAGUGCUAUGACCAGGUCCUAAGAACGUUCCGCAAAGUCCGCACCAUGACCGAGGCAUUUCAUCGCCACAAUAUUGAUAGAGGGACGAUUGUUGCCACCGAUUGCAGAACUUCAUGCGGCUGACCCGAAAACAUAUGGCUCCUUGAUUUUUGAUGGAAGUGUGGAAACCUUGUUAGGAUUCGCAAAAAGAUGCAGCAGUCAUGUUACAGCAGAUAUAAAGAAGUCCAUUGAGGACCUAAAGGCAAGGGGAUACCUUCUCCCAUUUUGAUAAAAUACUAGUCAACUCUGGCAAGUAAAUAGCAAAUGUUCUUUUGUGUUAUUUCUUUACUGCCACAGUUUUCAGGCAAAUAGGCCUGCUGUGUACAAGUUUUUGAUACUGUAUGUGGUAGGUGGGUCCCGUUUCAAAGAUGACCACCACAGAUGUGUUGAAUGACAAUUCUUUUGCCCUUUUUAUUUGUUUAAAAGACGUGUUUUUAUCCUGUCAAUUCUAGUUAAACUAGCUUUUGCUAGUCUUUUUGUGCUUUGUGAGCUCAUUGAGAGUAGCCUACAAUGUAACAUGUUUACAGAACUUGUUAAAUAAACAUUGUCAGUGCUGUCACUUUUCUCAUCAUCUUUUCUAUUGUUAAUACCCUCCCAGCCUCUACUUUAGA